AGACCAAUUUCCUACUAACCUCCUAAUUAUCUCCUUUGUACUAACUUGCAAAUUUCUACACGUAAAACCCUCAACCAUAGAGACACACUAGAAAACCCUAGAGUGCUACUGAAAGUUCUAUUCUUGCUUCUUCCAUGAAUUCUCUCAAGAAAAAAGAAAAAGUUCCAAUUACCACCAUGUCUAGUGUGGAUGAAAAAUGUUGCAGUAACAACCCUUUUGGAUGUUUCUUUUGCAUAAUGAAGGAACCAAACUCAUCAAUCAGAAGCAAUGGAAUCAAGAACUACUUUAAAAAAAUGCCUUUGAUUGAUGAAGAUCAAGAACUUGUUCUAGUGUUAAGUGGCCUUUGGACCAUGGCAAUGUCACAACCCAAUGACAAAGAGCUACCAUCAUUAGGCAUUUUUGAAUGCAUGGCAAGCCUAAUCAACAACGGUAUCAAUCACAAAUCUUGGCUUCACAAAAAUCAAAACAUUUAUAUUCCCUAUUAUGCAGCUCAUAUAAUUGGUUCUUAUACAAUGAACAAUGUUGAGUUUGCUAUUAAAGCAUUGGAUUGUGGUGUUUUAAUCCCAUUAUUGGAUCUUUUGCGAGGAAAUAUGACUUGGGUUGAACAAAGGGUAGCUAUUAGAGCAAUUGGUCAUUUAGCAAGCUAUGAAAAGACUUUCAAAGAUGUAGCAAUUUACGAAGAAGAAAUUGUAAAAUUAGCCAUGAAAUUAGCUUCUACAUGUCUUGAAGUUGUGUACAAAGAGUUUGUUGGUGUGAAGGAUUUAAAUGUGAGGUUGAAAUAUCAUUGUGAUUUGUUGACUAGAGGAGUUGGAGGGAUAGAAACGGAAAAUAGGAAAGCUGAGGAAUGGGCUAGUCAACUUCAAUGUUGGAGUUUGCAUCUUUUGAAUUGCUUUGCAAUUAAGGAGAGGUGUUUAAAUCUCAUUUGUGAGCAAAGUUUCUUGAAGGACUUAAGUGAAAUGUGGGGUGGAUUGGCCAAUGAUACUUCACCAGGAGGUGUUGGAUUAAUUCGAGUUUUGUGUUAUAACAAAGAUGGAAGAAGAUGUAUAGCAGAAUCAAAGGAUGUAAUCAAGAAUCUUUGUAAUCUUUCAAGAUCUUCAGAUGACUGGCAAUAUAUGGGAAUAGAUUGCCUACUUUUGCUUCUCGCCGAUUCAGGUACAAGGUACAAAGUUCUUGAAGUGGCUUCCAUGUGUCUUAUUGAUCUGGUUGAACUUAGGACCCUUGGAGGCAGAUCAAAUGUCGGUAAUACAAUCACAAGAACUCUUCUUGCAGAUUUCAAACAAAGAAAGGUGAAAAUCAAGAAUAUUGGUGUCCAACGAGUGCUUGAAGAAAUAUGGGGUUUGAAAGUAGAUAAGAAGAAAAGGGAGCAAAAUAUGAGUGAUGAGAAACUUGAAGAGAAAAAGGUAAUGGUGAGUUUGAUGAAGCAACAAGGGAACAAUAGUUUUUGGUUAGGAAAAAUUGAAGAAGCAAUGAUGAAAUAUAGUGAGGCUUUGGAUUUAUGCCCUUUGAGAUUUAGAAAAGAAAGAAUUGUGCUUUAUAGCAAUAGAGCACAAUGCAAGUUGUUAUUAGGAGAGGCUAAUGGUGCUAUUAGUGAUACAACUAAAGCUCUUUCACUUUCAUCUCCAACUAAUUCUCAUGCCAAAAGCCUAUGGAGAAGAUCACAAGCAUAUGAUAUGAAAGGAUUGGCUAAAGAGAGCUUGAUGGAUUGUAUUAUGUUUGUUAAUGGUUGCUUUAAAAUGGAUUCUUCAUCAAUGAAGAAAAAUAUGAGGAUCCCUUAUUAUGCUGUUAGGAUGAUCAACAAGCAAAUGGAGUCAACUUGGUUGUUUAAAAAUGCUCAAUUGAAGGAUUUUGUUGAAAAACCAAAUCAACCACAUGAUCAUGAACCUCAUGAAAUUAGCCACAAGGAGCAGAUAAAUGACAGAGCUAGAAGAAUUCUAUUGCAAAAGAAGGGUUUCAUGGAAGGGUUGUCCAGUAUAUCAGAAGAACCUCAGCUAAUUGAAAAGGGUGAAAUAAUUAACAGGAAAAGCAAGAAAGCUGUAUUCGCUCAGUCAGUGUAGUGAAACUUCCCCUGAAUUAUUGUACCUAGUUUAAUUUAAUUAAUUUGACCAUCAGAUGAUCAAAAAUUUUGCCCACCUUCUAUAUAAAAUUACUAAUAUAUUCGAAUUUGAUCAUUUAAGAAAUCUACUCCUUUCGUAUUUUUUUUUUCAUAUUUCAUAUAGCUACUUGAGAGACUGCUCAGUGGACAUAGAUUGGAAUAUAUAUCAGCUAAACAAAUUCAGCUAUGUACUAGAAACUAUU